AGUCUUCGAUAUAUCACGUGAUGAACGCAGGUCGACUUUUUUAAUAUCGCUCAUUGUGUUCACUUUUUAGAAAAGUCACUCUAAAAUGCAAGAAGCUGUCAGAAAUAACUUAGAAAGCGUUAAAAAUGUUAUUCUCGUUCUAUCAGGAAAAGGAGGAGUUGGAAAAAGUACAAUUUCAACGGAAGUAGGACUCUUAGAUAUCGAUCUUUGUGGUCCAAGCGUUCCCCGCAUGCUAAAUAUCGAAGAGCAAGAAAUUCAUCAAUCUAACGCCGGUUGGGUUCCCGUUUACCCAUAUGGGGAUGCCUCCCUCGCAGUUAUGUCAAUAGCAUUUCUAUUAAAGAAUAAAAAUGAUGCUAUUGUUUGGCGAGGUCCAAAGAAAACGGCUAUGAUUGGUCAAUUUGUGCAAGACGUUGUUUGGUCAGAUCUCGACUAUCUCGUGAUUGACACCCCACCAGGAACUUCAGAUGAACAUAUGAGUAUUGUGGAACGCUUGUCUAGUCACCCGGCGACUAGUGCAGUAAUUGUCACGACACCACAACAAGUAGCCGUUGCAGACGUUCGUCGACAAUUAACAUUCUGCAAAAAGACUAAAGUAAGAGUUUUGGGUAUAAUUGAAAAUAUGAGUGGAUUCAAAUGCGAACACUGCGGAGAAUGCACAAAUAUAUUUUCAUUCGGAGGUGGUAAAGCUUUGGCGGAGCAUUUUGACAUUAAUUUCCUUGGUUGCGUACCUCUUGAUUCAAAAUUUACAAAAGCUAUCGAGGGUGGCCGGCGUUCAGAUGAAGAAACAGAGAAGUCCUCAGCAGGUGAGGCAAUAACAGAUAUUGUUAAAAAAAUUUUAUUAGGUUAA